UCAAGUUGUUCGACAAAUGAUAAAUAGGAAGAAGUUUCAGUUUGAGAACAAGUCGCGAUGGCCUCAAGAUUUAACCCUACAAAACUUAUUGCCUUGUUAAUUUUGAUUCUUUUAUUUUCAGCGAUUACAAUACAUAGUUCAGCAGCCAGAAACUCAAGACCUGUUAUCGUUCACAAUAGAAUUAGAUCAACCGCACUGGAUUUCGUUCUUCCUGGAUCUUUAUCUUUGCACGGAAGGUAUUGCGCCCUUUUCAGCUCUGUCUUUUGCCUCUCCAAAUAUUGGCAAAAAUAUAAUAAUGCAACUCCGGCGUACUCCUCGUCACUCAAUGGUGAACAUCAGGAGUUGAAGCUCCUCAACAUGGCUCGAAGCAGCUUCAGAAGACUGAACUGGUUUUCGUUUUACGAAAGCGACUGGAGUUAUGGUUGCUGUGAAUACCAGCAGGAAAUGUAUCGCCGAUGGGGGCUGUUGAACAACCUUACCGCGGUUCAAUACUUUGGACGUCUAACAGACUUCAGGAACUCUAAAAAAAACCUUAUAACUCUACAGGCAGUUUUUGACAGCACAUUGUGUGGAAAUGUAAUAACAAGACUCUCUUUUGGAAAAGGCGAAAUCAGAGUGAAAGGCACAGUUCCUAAUGUACCAGUAAUGGUAGCAGUUCCAGGAAUCCCACUCGUCUACGUUUUCCAAUGGCGCGAUGUGUUCCAACGUCUGAAGUUUGCUUGGUUCAAAACUAACAUCAUCUGCGCAGAACAACCAUGGAUUUGCAGUUUAAUUUAA